GCCAUUAAGAGCUCCCAAAUCCCUAACGCAUUAGGUAUUCGUCUAACGGAUCGGCGGCAAAAGCAAUCAUUGAGACCCGGCUAAAAACCCCUUUUUGUGGCAGCUGGAAUCAUUUCCCCGAUGCGGCUCUGCAUCGCAUGCUCGGGGUCUCGAUCUUCGAACCCUUCCGAUCCCAUCGGUCCUGAUAAUCUUGAUCUGAGUUCGGAUUUUUGAGGCACUCGGAUCAUCUUCGUAUUUGGUCGAGGUUGGCGCUGUCGAUCUUGCCUACCUACUGACUGGCCUUUGAUCAUCGCCCCCUCGAGAUCUGGCCGGAGCAGUCGUGUUUGAUCGGCUCAGAGGAUAGGGAGUGAGGCAAAGGUCGGUUUUUUAACGCGUUUGGGACUUCAUUUUCUGGUUCCGGUUUGUGUUCUUAAUCCCGCGGCGAUUAGACUUGAUCCGGCGCUUCCUGCUGCUCUGAUUGCAGCAUCUGCUGAAAGGAGUAAUUUUAUACGUUUUGUUUUCGAAAUUUUUCCUACUGUUGCUUAUAUUGAUUGAAUCGCGUGGACAUGCGGCGGAGGGCGCCCGAGUAUCGGCGCCCAUCCAGGAGGCGUCUCUCGUACUGGAUCUGCUUGUUCCUUGGAAUAUCUAUCGCAGCAGGUUUAGUUCUCUUCUUCUUUCAACAUCAUCACGAGGAUGGAUUUGAACCGCAUGUAAGGGAGAAGCUUGUAGCAGAUAAGGAGAUCCAUCAUGAAACUCUUAAUCUCUCCCAAGAACUCUUUAGUGUUACUUCGUUUGCCAGACAACUUGCCGAUCAGAUGACACUAGCCAAGGCCUAUGUAAUCAUUGCCAAGGAGCAUAAUAAUCUUCAACUUGCUUGGGAGUUUAGCUUGCAGAUAAGAAAUGGUCAGCGGUUGCUCUCUCAAGCUGCUGAGAGAGGGAAAGCAAUAAGCCUAGAAGAAGCUAAUCCGAUAAUUAGUCAGCUAGCACAACUUAUAUACAAUGCUCAAGAUUACCAUUAUGACAUCAGCACUAUAAUAACAACAUUAAAGAGCCAUAUACAUGCCCUUGAAGAACGUGCGCAUUUGGCAACCAUGCAGAGUGCAGAGUUUGGUCAAUUAGCUGCAGAGUCCAUACCCAAAAGUUUACAUUGUUUUAACAUAAAACUCACAGAAGAGUGGUUUAGAAAUUCAUCUAUCAGAAAAUCAUCAGAAGAUGGCAAGAACCUGCCUCGACAUGUUGACAACAAUCUCUACCAUUUCUGUCUAUUCUCUGAUAAUGUGUUGGCUACUUCUGUUGUCGUGAAUUCCACAGUUUCAAAUGCUGAACAUCCCCAACAGUUUGUAUUUCAUGUAGUCACAGAUGAAGUCAAUUACAGGGCCAUGACUACUUGGUUUUUGAGGAAUGAUUUCAGAGGAUGUACAGUUGAAGUUCGAAGCACAAAAGAGUUGGUUUGGUUGAAUACUUCUCUGUCUCCUUUUAUCGAACAGCUAAUCCGUGCAGGAUAUCAGAAUGGGGAAACAACAUUGCAGGAUCCUAAUUCUUCUUCUUUGCUGAAUCACUUGCGAUUCUACAUCCCACAGAUAUUGCCUCAGUUGGAGAAGGUGGUGUUUCUCGACGAUGAUGUUGUGGUACAAAAGGAUCUAACCCCUUUGUUCUCAGUAGAAUUACAUGAGAAUGUUAUCGGAGCAGUGGAGACUUGUCUCGAAGCAUACCAUCGGUUCUACAAGUAUCUUAAUUUUUCCAAUUCCAUCAUUAGCUCAAAAUUCGAUCCACAAGCAUGUGGGUGGGCUUUUGGCAUGAAUAUAUUUGACCUCAUAGCAUGGAGGAAGGCCAAUGUUACUGCAAAAUAUCACUAUUGGCAGGAGCAGAAUGCAGAUCAUAUGCUCUGGAAGAAGGGGACUCUAGCUCCUGGUCUUCUGGCAUUUUACGGGUUGAUCGAACCCCUCGAUCGCAGAUGGCAUGUACUCGGGUUGGGAUAUGAUUGGGAAAUCGAUGAUCGGUUGAUUCACAGUGCUGCUGUCGUGCACUUCAACGGGAACAUGAAGCCCUGGCUCAAACUAGCUAUAAGCAAAUAUAAGCAUUUGUGGGAACAAUACAUAGACUUUUCGCACCCAUCGGUUAGAGAUUGUAUAAUGCAAUAAGCCUCUGGGUUUCUUUCUCCCUCUGUAUUUUCUCAUAUUUCUUAUAGCAUUCUCGCGCGCAUUGAUCAAUUCUUAUCAUUCGAGUCGAAAGACCUGAUAGCAGGGAGGAUCACCAGCAUCAUACAAUGUGGAAAUUCAACAAUUCAUUUUACAAGGUGUAAUACUUUAUUCAUUUUUGGAUUGGCUUUUUUAGUCUUUUUCUAAACUCAACUCAGAGCAUGGCCAGUGUAAUACAUAUUGUACAACAAUUGUCUUGGAAUCUACAUUACUCGAUCUCUUGAAUGAGAUUAUGCUUCA